AUGACCUCAAUUAAGGAAGAUGUCUCCCACAUUUCGAAUGGCGAAGAGGGGGACUUGAAAAAGCUCGACACCGCGCACGGAGAUGAAGCAAUUAAGGUCCUCGCUGUAUAUGAUGGUGAUCAGACCUGGACUCCAGAAGAGGAGAACAAGCUGCGUAGGAAGAUCGACAUGAAGCUCCUCCCUGUCCUGUGUGUCACCUAUGCAUUUCUGUAUGCUGACAAGGUUCUUCUUGGACAAGCGGCUCUCUUUGGGAUUAAGGAUGACCUGGGAUUGAACAGCGGAAACCGCUUCUCAAUGGCUUCUUCUAUCUUCUACCUUGGAUUUAUCUUGGGCGCUUAUCCAGUCACCUUUCUAGCCCAGAGAUUUCCCAUUGAACGUGUUGCUUCUCUCGCCAUCAUAGUUUGGGGAACUACUUUGAUUCUCACGCCCGCUUGUACGAACUUCCAGGGAUUAUACGCGCAAAGGUUCUUCCUCGGAUUCACUGAGGCCGGCAUCAGUCCAAUUUUUAUGAUGAUCGUGGGUGGAUGGUACAAAAAGGAUGAACAAUCCCUCAGAAUGGGUGCCUGGUACUCAUGCACAGGCUACGUGUCCAUUUUUUCGCCUUUAGUUAACUACGCACUUGGACACCUUGGAGGAAGUCUUGCCCCUUGGUUCUACAUGUACCUUUUUGCCGGGGCUCUUACUAUCAUCUGUGGUGUCCUGAUUUACUUUGUCCUCCCAUCAGAUCCUAUCCGAGCAAAGGGUUUCAAUGGCAAAGAGCGGUUUAUUGCGGUAUCUCGUAUGAGGACGAACAACUCCGGUGUCAGAAACACUCAUUUCAAAGGUGGUCAGGCCAUUGAGCUCCUGACUGAUAUCAAGUUUUGGCUUAUUUUCUUCUACGCUCUGUGUGGUAUGUUCGCUAAUGCCCCAAUCUCGACUUUCCAGGCUAUCAUUAUUGAUGGCUUUGGCUUUAACCCACUCAACUCGUUGCUUCUCAUGAUACCUUCUGGGGUAUAUGCUGGUACCAUGAUGUUAAUCACAACAUACCUGGCGUACAAAUUCCCUGGAUGGCGUGCGUAUAUCAUCAUUAUUUGCCAAUUGGUUACGAUGGCUGCCGCUCUUAUGCUCUGGCUUCUGCCUCGGUCGGAGCUUGGGGGGCUCCUCUUUGCUUGUUACAUCCUCACGACCACGGGCGCUGGGUAUGCAGUGACCAUGGGCCUUUUCCUCGCAAACAACGCUGGCUAUACCAAACGAUCGCUUGCAUCCUCGGGCUUGUAUAUUGGAUACUCCCUUGGAAAUUUCGCUGGCCCCCAGGUCUUCCGACAAGAAGACUCACCUCAUUAUAAUCUGGGAUUUAUCGUGGUGGUUAUAACAGCCGUUAUUGCGGGUUCUUUAGUUCUAGUAUACCGAAUCCUCUGUUCAAUGGAGAACCGCCGGCGCGACAAGGCAGGGACGGUGGAAGGCUUUGAACAUGCGUACGAGGAUGACUUGACUGAUAGGAUGAAUAUGCAAUUCCGGUAUUCAUUGUGA